UGGUUCAAUAUAUAUAACAACGAAUCCGAUCCUCUUUUCAUCUCACACCUACUGCCACCAGUGAAAGUCAUUCCUGCACAUCGAAUGGCGGUUCACGGUGACGAUGACACCAUGGUGAUGGUGGUUCCCAAACUCUCUCCGCCCAACACCUACGAAGCCGUCGUCAAUGGUGGCACCUUCGACCGAUUGCACGACGGCCACCGCCUCUUCCUCACCGCUUCAGCGGAGUUGGCAAGGCGCCGGAUUGUAAUUGGAGUUUGCGAUGGACCUAUGCUGGCAAAAAAACAGUUUGCUGAACUGAUACAGCCCAUUGAGGAAAGGAUAAAUAAUGUCAAAACUUUCAUAAAGUCUAUCAAGCCGGAGUUGGAAGUGCAAGCUGUGCCAAUCACAGAUCCAUUUGGCCCUUCCAUUACAGAUGAGAACUUGGAGGCUGUGAUUGUAAGCAAAGAGACAUUACCGGGAGGAUUGGCUAUAAACAGAAGAAGAGCUGAAAGAGAUCUUUCACAGUUGAAGAUUGAAGUUGUAGAUUUGGUCUCUGGAGAAUCAGGUGAAAUUAAGCUGAGUUCAUCAAUGCUACGGAAGAUUGAGGCUGAAAGGGCUAAACAACAAAACACGAUGUUCCGUUUUCUUAAUCCUUACUUUGUAUCUUGUUUUGUUGGUAUUUUUGCAGUUGGGAAUUUCCAAAAUUUUGCAAAGAUGAAUGAUUUGAUGACAAAGUCGUUCCUAAGUUAUGUGGAACUAAAGAAACAGGCUCGCAAGGACCUUGAAGACGACGAUCUUGACCUUGAAGCAGGGAAACUCAACCCCACGGAAGACCGCAACCUCUCUCAGUUCUUCCAAGAAGUUGAAGCAAUCAAGGUUGAAAUGGAAGAGAUCUCCAAUCUCUUAUUUGAUCUUCAGCAACUAAAUGAAGAGGCAAAGUGCACCCACGGUGCCAAAGUUCUCCGUGGCCUAAGGGACCGGAUGGAGUCCGACAUGGUUGCCGUGCUUCGCAAGGCACGGACCAUCAAGGCAAUGCUUGAGGUUCUUGACCAAUCCAACAUAGCCAAUCGUAGUUUGUCAGAAUCCUACAAAGAGGGGAGCCCCAUUGACAGGACCAGAAUGUCUGUCACAAAUGGUUUGAGGGUCAAGCUUAGGGACAUGAUGAAUGACUUUCUGUCCUUGAGGGACAAGAUUCUAUCUGAUCACAAGGAAGAUUUGAAGAGAAGGUACUAUACCGCGACUGGUGAGGUUCCUACUGAGGAGGUCAUGGAGAAGAUGGUUUCUGGGAGUCUCAAAGUUGAGUUUCUGGCUGGGAAAACGGAUGCUGAUUUGGGCACUCAGGUUAGGCAUGAGGCAGUGAUGGAUAUCCAGAGGAGUUUGAAUAAGCUUCACCAAGUUUUUCUUGAUAUGGCUAUUCUGGUUGAGACACAAGGAGAAAAGUUGGAUAACAUUGAGGAUAAUGUGGUUAAUGCUGGUAACUUUAUCCAUGGUGGGACUAAUAGUCUUUACUAUGCCGACCAGAUGAAGAAGAAGAACAGAAAAUGGUUGUGUUGGGUUUUUGCUGUGGGGCUGAUUAUACUACUCGUAUGCAUCAUUGCAAUGUUGUCUUCUUGACUUGAGCAAUUUGGAAAGGGUGGUUUAGAGUUACGAGACUGUAAAGCUACUUUCAUUUCCUCUUUAACAGUUUCAAUUGUUCUUGUAUUGUUGGGAGCAGUUCUGUUAAUUGAUUCAAAUUUGUUCAUGAGAACUAAAAUUUGCUGAAUAGAAUUGAUUUUGUUGAUUCGUUUACUGAA